AUGCCAUUCGUUGUUGUAGAAACAGUCGAUGCGAGAGGACGCAAGGAGCUGUCCAUCGUACCGGAGAAAUGGGUACGGGAUACCCAAAAGGGAAAAAUCGUCUUUUGGCCAAACGCCAAAAAGAUUUCCGAACAAGAAGCCUUGCAGCGAGACGACAAAAGCUGUCCUAAAAAGUCGUGGAUGGUGUUCAGCUGUAAAGUGAAAGGCAAGUCAAUCAAAUUAUUUAGCGAUGCUAAGCGUUUGUUGGACGAAUUGUCGGGAGAAUCAUCAACUGAUGUUUCUCACCGAGUUCCUCAGAAAAGAAAGAAGGAGCCGGAGAUAAAUUUCCAAAAAAUGCUUAUUUUGGAAAAUGAACCACAGUCUGCUUCCGAAUCGCCUGUUCGUCGGCUAAGUGUGAGUGUUAAAAAUUUCCCUAUUACAACUGCACCAGAAAUGCCACUUCAGAGCACUGACUGUGAAGGGAAUGAUCGGGAAACCCAGUUUUUGUACGAUACGUUGGCUGAGCCUCAUGUGGAAAUUAUCGAUGAGGACCCAAUUGAGGUGAAUGAACUACAUCUACAGAUCAUUGCACGCCUGGACAAUCUGGAAAAGCGAGUAGCCGAAAUUUUUACUCAAAAUGAGUUCAUAUUAAACACCAUCCGAAAUGUGAAUGCUCUUGCUAGAGUCACUGAAGAAGAGCCUCCAUUUGGCUUCAAGCCUGUAGAAGACGAGCAGAACCUGGUUGAUUUGGAACAAAAAUUGACAGAUACAGACUUCAAAACUAAAAUGGUCAAAUGGUUACGGCUUAAUGUUUAUGGAGAUUGCGCGGAUAGCCGGAUGUUGUGUGUCCUGGACUUGCUGCUCAGUCGAGUGUUCCAAACAAUGUGCACUUGGACUGGAGCUAGCCGAAAAGGUCCAAAGAUAGCGAUUAUGCCCAACCGUAACAUAUUGCAACUAUUUCAACUGAUGGGAAGUGACGAAAACGAAAUCGUCACUCAAAGAAAAAUGCAAACAUUUUUCAUGCGAACAUUAAAAAAUUCGGUGAAGCGCUUGUCCAAUAAAGGUAUGCGUCGAGGAACCAGGCAUGUGAGAAGGAAUGAACAACAGAAUGACAAAAGAACUGUUUUUUCAAAUGAUUUUUCGUCUGCAAUAAUGAAUUUCCAUGGCAUAGAAUCAGAUUCUAGUGUCUCUCAGGAUUCUAGCAGUGAAUAA